AUGACAGAAGAUGAAGAUGAAGGAAGAACAGCUCAUGGGAUUUAUGAUGGACGAGGUCAAGUCGGACAGGAGAAUUCCACUAUGAUGGACACAUUUUUCAUGUACGACCAGAGUUUCCUUGAACAAAAUACCGUCGAGCAACGUCUCGCUUCCCUCGAGGCGAGCUACGUCGACCGCGACGCUGACUACUCUCAGCGGAUCUCCGAGCUGGAGGCCAUCCGCGUCACGCAGAUCAAGGACGAACGCGACGCGCGGGUGGCGGCGCUCGAGUCCACGGCCGCGGAUCUCGCUGCCUGGCGUCCCGGCGUGGAGGGUCUCCUGGAUGAUGUCCGAUUGCAAGUCCAGAAGCUCGGCGUCAAGUGUGACCGCGCGGUGUUCGACACAAUGUCGCACCAGCCCGGGAUCAUUCCGUCCCCAACUUUGGCGGUUAUGCACUCAUCUGCCAGGCUCACCGCCGAUCGGCCCCACGGGCACCGCGUCAACACGACUACACGGGAUGUGGCCUCCGGGGUCGUCACGACCUGGACGCACGUCCGGCCAAGGCUGGCUCCUACCACGACGGCCAGCACGCCCCCUGCUGACGCCAAGCUCGCCUCCAUCAAGUCUUACCGGCGUGCGUUGGGGCUCUGCUAUAAGUGCAAUGCCAAGUGGUCUAAAGAUCAUCAGUGUGCACCCGAAGUGCUUCAUGCUGUACAUGAUCUUUGGGAAUUUUGUUUCGAUGAUGAUGACGAGCCGACUGAAGAUUCUGACAAACCAGUGCCAACUGAACAACUAUGCUUGGCCUUUUCCAAAGCCGCAGUUACUGGUGUUCCAGCCUCCCGCACCAUUCGGUUACUGGGAUCCUAA